GGCGAUUUGAAGCACAAUAUUAAGUUAUGGCGGGCAAACGAGAGCUUGUGCUAGGUAUCUGUGCCCCGGGAAUUGUUGAGGUUCCGCCUGAUAAACCUCCAUCUAGACCUGUUGCAUAUGAGAUUGAUACAUCAGAUCAUUUUUACACUGAAAUGGCAACCCCUGACCGAGAUGAGUUGAUUAGAUGGGCUCGGGAGAUUGCCUUAAAGCUAAAGUUUGCAAUUGUAAUUGGCAAAUCCGACAACGGCAGCGAUAAGAGGAAGCAAUAUUUCAGGUUGGAUUGCGAGCGGGGAGGCCGGUACGUGUCAACAAAUAAGAAGCUAAAAUCUGAUCAAACCGGCACGAGGAAAUGCGGCUGUCCAUUUCGACUCCGUGGUUAUUGUCAUGCCGAUAAAACAUGGCAUUUGACCGUUGUAAAUGGCAAACAUAACCACGAGUUGGACAAGGCAGUUGAAGGCCAUCUCAUUGUCGGUCGUCUCAAACCGGAAGAAAGGCAAUGUAUGGAGGAAAUGUCAAGGAAUUUGGUUCCGCCUAAGAAUAUAAUGUCCACAUUGAAAGAUAGGGAUCCAAACAACAAGACAACGGCAAAGCAACUCUACAAUUUAAGUCAUCGAUUAAAACUUAAAAUGAGGGCAUCAAUGACUGAAAUGCAACACCUCUCCAAAAGACUUGUCGAGACCGGGUAUUUUUUCAAACAUAGGACGGUUGUUGCAGACGGAUCCGAACACGUUCAAGACAUUUUCUUUGCACAUCCUAAAUCUAUAAGUUUGUUCAAUUCUUUUCCUACUGUGCUUUUGAUGGAUUCGACAUACAAAACAAACAAAUACAAAAUGCCGUUAUUUGAGAUUGUCGGAUUCACAUCAACUGGGAGAUCUUUCAAUGUUGGAUUUGCUUGGCUUACCAAUGAAAGAGAAGACAACUUCACUUGGGCUCUAGAGCAGUGUAUCAGUCUCUUAAGGAAUGAGGAUGUUAGACCGAAGGUGAUUGUCACCGAUAGGGAUUUGGCUCUGAUGAAUGCAGUUUCCGAGGUAUUUCCAACAUCGGCUGCAAUGGUUUGUCGUUUCCAUGUAAAAAAGAACGUGAGCUCUAAGAUGAAGGAAAUUGUGAAAAUCAAGAAUGGAGAGAAUGAGAAGCAGACUGAUGUGUGGGAUCAAAUCACCGAUGCUUUUAAUGAUGUGUUAGAGUCGCCAACGGAAAAAGAAUAUGCUGACAAUGUUAUGGUGUUUAGGGAGCUCUGUGCGAGAUGGCCAAAGUUUUUGCGUUAUGUUGAAGAGACUGUCCUAGACACUGAUAAAGAAAGGGUUGUCAAUGCUUGGGUAGACCAACAUAUGCACAUGGGGAAUCACACCACGAAUAGAGCUGAAUCAUGUCAUGGUGUGUUGAAAGGUUACUUGAAGGACGGUAACGGUGACUUGGUGAAAGGAUGGGAAGCGAUAAAUAAGAUGUUGAUAUAUCAGUUCACCGAAGCUAUGGAUCACAUUUAUGACGAAGCAAACAGGGUCGAAGAAUGUGGUAUGGAUAGCAAAAAGUGUGCCUGUGUUAUGAGAAGGACAUACGGGUUGCCAUGUGCAUGCUUGAUUGCGAAGAAGAUAAAAAAUAACAAACCUAUCCGACUGGAUGAGAUUCACCCUCAAUGGAAGAAACUGUGUUUCGAAGAUGAGCCGGCACCGGGCGACGUGGCUGACGAUUAUGAUUGCUUGGCUGAGUGGAAAGCAAUUCAGGAACGAUUAAAAACAGCCGAUGUUAGCGUGAAGAAUGAUAUUAGGAAUCAACUUCGUCUCAUUGCAUAUCCAGAAACCACCUCUGUGAAACCUCCGCUUCAAAAGGCCAAAACAAAAGGUGCUAGAAAGAAAAAAUCAGUUCGUGUCACAAGAUCCACGAGCAGGGAUAAGUCUCGGUGGGAGCAUGUUGAUGAUCAUAUUGCAGCUACACAGGCAUCUCAGUCGCAACCAACAAAGUCAAAGCCGUCGACUUCACAAACAGUGCCUGAGGUGCCUAAAGAACUCGUCAUCAGUACUUUGACUCCAGCACCUCCAGCACCUCCUGAAAUUCCUUUUAUCAACCAUAUGCCGAAGUUCAUGCACCCAUUUAUUGAAGAUAUUAUUGACGUUGAAGGUGACGGUUAUUGUGGAUACCGUGUGGUAGCUUUGCACCAAAAAGGAAAUCAACAAGAUUAUGAGUUGAUCAGACUGAACAUGGAGAGGGAGCUGAGAUUGCAUAAGGAAUCAUAUGUGGAGUUGUUCGAUACUGAGCGUUACAAGUAUGUCACGGAUGCACUUUUCCCACCACCGAGAAGGAGUAAACAUGUUAUUGCAACCAAGGACAAAUGGUUUACUUUUCCGGAUAUGGGUUACGUUGUGGCUACUCAUUUUCAGAGGGUUGUUGUUCAACUAUCAAAUAUGGAAAGGUGUGGAGCAUCUAGAACUUGUUUCCCAUUGCGUGGCAAACCUCCAUCAGACACGUCAGACUUGGAUUCCAAGAUUAUUUGCAUCGGCGCGCUCGCUGACCACUUUGUGUUAGUGCGAUUGAAAGUAGGAUGUCUGAUACCUCCAACGGCUCAUCAGUGGAAAAACUCUUGUUCCGAAGAAGCUGCAGAAUGGGAGCCCAUGUUUUUGGAUAGAAUGCAAAAGUUUGGUGAGCUGUUGACCAUUGAAAGAGCAGGCGAUGACUUAGUCACGAUUGGAAAGGGUAGCAAAGACGAUCCGUUGGAAUUGUAG